CCCUGGUUUUAUAUUAUUUGGCAAUUCAACUUAUUGAACAAAAUUUACAUGAAUUGAAACAUUUCACUGUUCAUGAUCCGUGCUUUUUUAUUCACGGACGGCCCAAGCAGUGGUCACGUGCUUUUAACUGUCAAACAUCUCAAACUUUCUGUGACUUAAAACAUGAUCAUCAUAAAAUAUUGAUUUUUGUUUGAGAACUUCACGCUAAGAAAUUUCUCGAUAGUAAUGUAUUAAAAAGUUACGUAAACAUCUCGAAAACAUGUCGAUCUUCCGAAGUAAGGCCGUCCUGGGCCUUAGCGCCGUCGGAACGCUGGUCGGAUGUGGCGCUCUGCUAAAGGACUACAUGCAGGGAGCGCGCUUCCAACGUCCGGAUAUCCGAGCGGAUGGCAAGGUGGUGAUCAUCACCGGGGCCAACACCGGAAUCGGCAAGGAAACCGCGAUGGCGCUGGCCCGGCGAGGAGCCCACGUUUACAUGGCCUGCCGGGAUUUGAAAAAGUGCGAGGAGGCACGCCAGGAGAUCGUGCUGGAAACCCAAAACGGGCAGGUGUUCUGCCGGGAGUGCGACCUGGCCUCGCUACAGUCGGUGCGCAAGUUUGUUAAACAAUUCAAACUCGAGCAAAACCGUUUGGACAUCCUGGUGAAUAAUGCCGGAGUUAUGCGCUGCCCACGUUCCCUCACCAAAGAAGGCAUCGAACUGCAGCUCGGAGUGAAUCACAUGGGCCACUUCCUGCUCACGAAUCUUCUCCUAGAUCAACUCAAACUGUCAGCCCCGUCCCGUAUCGUUGUCCUGUCCAGCAUUGCCCACACCCGGGCUAAAAUCAACGUGCAAGAUUUGAACAGCGUCCAAAGUUACGAUCCCGCCAAUGCGUACGAGCAGAGCAAACUGGCGAACGUCCUGUUCACGCGCGAACUGGCGAAACGUCUCGAGGGAACCGGCGUCACGGUCAACGCCGUCCAUCCGGGCAUCGUGGACACCGACCUGAUGCGCCACAUGGGCCUGUUCAACAGCUGGUUCUCGAGCUUCCUCAUCAAGCCGUUCGUGUGGCCAUUCCUCAAGUCGGCGGCUUCGGGGGCGCAAACUACGCUGCACGUGGCGCUUCAUCCGCAGCUGGAGAAGGUAUCCGGACAGUACUUUAGCGAUUGCGCACCGAAGGACGUGGCCGAGCAGGCGAAGGACGACCAGCUGGCGAAGUGGCUGUGGGCCGUUAGCGACAAGUGGACGGGCACGCUGACCGGAACGGCUGCCGUUUCCUGACAGCGGAUUGUCAAGAAGAGCAACAGCAAAGACAUCAUCAUUUUCAGCGAGCCAGGGUUGGCGGAGUGAUGUGCUGGGGAUUCAGUCAUGAACUUUGAA